AUGGCGGCCAAAGACCUCGUUCAAUGGAUCGAUGAAUUCAGCAUCCUCAUACGAGGGUUCCCGAUCAAAGACUUCGCCUUCGCUACGUUCCCUAUUAUAUUUGCCGUCGUUGGUGGUCUAAUCCUCUACAACACCCAUACCGACUACUGGGAUAAACCGAAGCGAUACACCAUCCCGGCUCCCAAGAAACUCGACGAGGUCAAGAUCCUUGAUAACCCUACCAUCAAGGUCUCGGGUACAACGGCCAUCCAAUGUUACGCCCCAGCCACAGGCCAACUCCUCGGCUUUGUUAACCCCUCUACGCCCGACGGUAUCGAUCGUGCCAUUGCCCAGUCAGCAGCGGCACAGAAGCAAUGGGCCAAGACCACGUUUAGUGAGCGGAGGAAGGUAUUGCGUACCAUGUUGCAGCAUGUACUUGAUAAUCAGGAGCAGAUAUGCCAAAUAAGCUCUCUAGAUUCGGGAAAGACCAUGCUAGACGCUCAGCUAGGCGAGAUCAUGGUUACAGCUGAGAAGCUAGAAUGGACAAUCAAGCACGGCGAGAAGGCUCUGCGUCCGAGCCGACGUCCGACAAAUCUACUCAUGGCGUAUAAGAAAAAUACAGUUAAAUACGAGCCCUUGGGUGUCGUGGCGGCUCUGGUCAGCUGGAAUUACCCCUUUCAUAAUAUGAUAGGUCCUAUAAUCAGUGCCAUCUUUGCCGGAAACGGCAUUGUUGUGAAAGUAAGCGAGCAGACGUGCUGGAGCGCCGCAUAUUACACUAGCAUUGCAAGGGGCGCAUUAGUAGCACACGGACAUGAUCCCCAGCUAAUACAGACCGUCGUCUGCUGGCCUCAAACUGCUGGACAUUUAACAAGUCAUCCUGGCAUCAGCCAUCUUACUUUCAUCGGCAGCCGAUCCGUAUGCCACCAUGUUGCCUCCAGCGCAGCCAAGAGCCUCAUCCCCUUAGUCGCAGAGCUUGGUGGUAAAGAUGCUGCCAUUAUUCUCGACUCGGCAAAUUCCGACCUCAAGCGAAUCGUGGAGACUCUACUACGUGGAACUUUCCAAGCUUCAGGUCAAAACUGCAUCGGUAUCGAGAGAAUUGUCGCCGCGCCUGGUGUCUACGACAAACUUGUGGCUAUGCUAGAACCCCGCGUCAAAGCUCUACGCCUUGGACUGGAUAAAGAUGUUGGUGCCAUGGUAUCAGACGCCUCGUUCACACGACUCGAGAAUUUAGUUAUGGAUGCUGUUGCCAAUGGUGCGCGACUCCUCGCUGGCGGUACCCGAUACAUACAUCCCGACCACCCUAAGGGUUUUUACUUCCAACCGACGCUCCUCGUCGACGUAACGCCCGACAUGGCGAUCGCGAACGAAGAGUGUUUCGGGCCGAUCAUGACGAUCCUUCGGUCCCCCUCGCCCAGCGCCACGGAACUCUUACGUCUGGCCAACGCCCCCGAUUUCGGCCUUGGCGCCUCAGUCUACGGGCGAGACUCGGAUCCUAUUCUACGAGAAGUCGUCCAUGGCGUGCGUGCAGGAGGUGUCGCCGUCAACGACUUCGCGGUAUUCUACGCUGUGCAGUUACCAUUCGGCGGCGUCGGCGGUUCGGGAUAUGGACGCUUCGCGGCCGAAGAGGGAUUACGAGGUCUUUGUAAUCUAAAGAGCGUGUGCGAGGACCGGUUCGCAUUUUUAGGAAUUAGGACUUCCAUCCCGCCACCUGUGCAGUAUCCCGUCGGGAGCCAGGAGCGCGGAUGGAGAUUUGCAAAGGGCGUUGUGGGUGUUGGGUAUGCGCUUACGCUUGGGGGUAAGGUGAGGGGUGUGUUGGAUAUUCUGAGGAAUAUGUAG